AUGUCGACGAACGAGCCGAUAGGACCUCAACUCACUGCGCUGCUGAACCAGUACCAGAACCUGACUCUGAACCUCUUCUCAUCGCUGUCGACGCUCUCGCAACUCGCUCCACCCACCUCGACCGACCCAUCAUCGUCCACGCGCACCUCCUCCACUGCCUCGUCCUCCUCCUCGAACUCCCUCUACACCCACCUCUCGACCCUCUCGCACGAGUUCCAAGCCCUGCUCGCCCUCGUGCACCAACACACCGCCCAAAAAGUGCUGAUUCACUCCCUGCUCUCGCAACUCGCCUCGCUCGACCAAACCUGGACCGAAUCCCUUGUCGCGCUCUCCGGCCUCGAAUCCUCCCUCCAACCGCUCAUCAACCAGGGCAAACUCGGUCGAGCCCAAAUCGACUCGGCCUCCGACGCCGAGCUGUUGACGUGCUCGAACGUGUUGACCUACGCGAGAAGGGUCGCGCCUUUCACUUCGGCUCCACCGAGUCAGGACCCGACCCAAUCUGCGUUCAAUUCAGGAGCAUCCCUCUUGGCUUCGACGCAACAGAUGGCGGCCACUUCAGCUGGAGGUGGCGGUGGCUUGUUCUUGCCUUUCCCUACCGAACAGGCGAUGAGGAGGGGGAGACUGCAGUUGGAUAUGACCGGGGCCGCAGCGGGUUUCAAGCCUGGCCACGACGACGACGACGAUGAUGACGUCGGAGUCGUCGGGGAAGUCGGUUCGGUUGGGAUGGUCAACAAAGGUGAGUUGCGAGCAAUGUAUCUGGUCACCAAGGACAAGAUCUGAUACCACUUUCCUCCCUUAGCCCCCACUAUGAAAGCUUCGACCGAACCGGACGCGUCCAAGAAAUUGAUCAACCAGGCCAAACUCGACAAGGAGCAUCGUCAUCAUCGGCCACCGCAACAUGGUUACGACGACGACGACUUUACGUUCGAUUUGGAUCUUAAUCCGGAUAUGUAG